CCAGGAUGCUGGCUGGGAGUUCUAGGAGUUAGUCUGCUUUCACCUUGCUCCCAUUCCCAGCCCUGUGUCAGUGUGCAGCCAGUGCCCGGCUAUCUUACAGACUCACAUGUCCAGCAAGGUAUUUAUUAGUGCGGAGACUGUUCACAAACCUGUCCAGAAACAACCUGUAUCCCGGAACAGCCAAGCCCGGGGCUCCCCGUGCAAACAGUAGGCGGACACUGCGCCCAGCCCUGCUCAGCACUGGGAUAGACAGGCCUGCACUGCACGGCUGGGACUCGCUAAGCUCACUCCCCAUGCUGGCCAGUCGGCGCACUGCACUGGGGAAGUAAAGGCAGAGGAAGUGGAGGAAAUAAGGAGAGGGGAGAGAUGGUGGGUACAGUGUGUGGGUACAAAAACAUCAAGCAUCAGCACAGCGUAGUGAAGGACGGGGGCCUGACAUGAUUAAAGAGGGUGAGUUCGGGAACACUAUGACCAGGUAGGUAUGGACAGGCUCUGUACUAAAUACAUCUAUCUAUCUAUCUAUCCAGCCACCAUUGACACUUAAUUGGAGUGUAUUCACUAAGCUGUGAGCUGGAAACAACAUUCGGUCAAAAUAGCCAAACUUGGGGAAAAUAAUUAAAGGGGAACUAUCACCUCUCCGGAAUUCCUUUCCCAUGUGAUACUCAGUUUUCUUUCAAAAUAAUGUUUAGCAAAUGUUGUCAACUUGCCAUAAUUCAGUUCAUGCCAGGACCAGCCAGGGCACACAUUGUAAAUGUGGAGGAGUAAUUUAAACAAUUGGGAGGUGUAUCAAACUGAUGGGGAACGAAAAUGUAUUUUAUUUUUGUUCUGUAAUGCGUUUGUUUGGAUUUAUAUAAAAUGGGCUAAAAAGGACAUCUUUUACCGUAUAAAAUUAAUCCCUUGUUUUGCACCAUUUAUUCCACCAUGGGGAUUAUUAUUAUUAUUAUUAUUAUUCCAGGUUACUUCUGCAUUUGCUCACAGUGCUUACUAGAGUCUAUUUGUAUGGGAAACCUACUACUGUGAGGUGAGUUUAUUAGUAUUUGCUAUCAGUGCAAAACAUAUGAGUUUCAAUUUCUAAUGAGUGCAUUUUGUAUGGAGAAGUAGUCUGUUCUGAAUGAAACUUUUACAUGAACUUUUCCACAGUUACAUGGUUAAUCAAUAAAGUAAGAAUUCAAAGUCAAAGUAGCCAAAAUGGGGAAAGUGUAAACGGACACUAUAGUGCUAGGAAUACAAAGUUGAAUUCCUAGCACUAUAGCUCACUUGCCUUGUCCCCCGUACUGUAACGGUUAAUAAACCCUUACUGUACUUACCAGAGUACAGUGCCGAUGUCCCUAGUAACGGCAGGGCUCCAAUGCCCAUGUGCAUUAAAAGACCAGUAUAGGCACCCAGACCACUUCAGCUUAAUGAAGUGGUCUGGGUGCCAGGUCCAGCUAGGAUUAACCCUUUUUUCUAUAAAUAUUGCAGUUUCAGAGAAUGCUUUCCUAUGAGACUGGCUGAAUGAGUGCGCAGCUCUUGCCGCGCAUGCGCAUUCAGCCGAGGAGGAGAGCUCCCGCCCGGCGCUGGAGAAAGAGGCAAGUUUAACCCCUUCCUCACCCUAGAGCCCGGCGGGAGGGGGACCCCGAGGGUGGGGGCACCCUCAGGGCACUAUAGUGCCAGGAAAACGAGUAUGUUUUCCUGGCACUAUAGUGGUCCUUUAAACCCUCACCAUAGGAAAGAAUUGCUGCCCAGACCACUCCAAUGACAUGAAAUGAUCUUGGGGUCUAUAGUGUCCCUUUACGUUAGCUAUACUUUCAGUUUGACAUUCACAGUUAAUUCUCACUUUAGUAAAUAACUAAGUGGUCAAACCCUUUCCCCUCUCCUCCCGUGGCGCAGAAGGGGUUAAAAACCCCUCAGUGUCCCUUGACGCUGAUUAGUUUUCCCCCCUUAUGAAAACCUGUAUAAUGCUUUCCUAUGGGGUUUUACAUGAUGCUGGUAGUCUUCAAUUUGUGAAUUCAAAAGGAGCUUUAAUUUUGGAUUAGAUUGCUCUAUUUAAAGAGGUAAUGUAAGGUUGCCAGUUGAGAAAAAAACUUUUUCUCUACCCAUCCAACUACUCAUCGAGAGAUACCUUUAAUCAAUGUAUCCAAGUGGGACCGGAUUAGAGAAUAAAGUACGCUAAUUGAGAAGGAAGAAUCGGCGGGUUGAGUAAGUAAAUAAUAGAUUUAAUGGUUCCAGUCUGUGGGGCUUAAGUGUGGAAAGAAGUAAUCAGGCUGCUGGUAUGCAAGGAACGUCAGGAAAUUUGUGUUUGACUUGUUGAAAAGAGAGGAUUGAUCUACUAUUGUCAUUCAGAAAAUCGUGUAUUCUAUCCACCCAGGAACAAUAUGUAUAUUGAGCUUCCCCGUCUUGAAAAUUUAGAUUGAGCAAGAAGGGGAUAAAUCUGGUGUAUUGCCGCUGCAGUCCUAGUAAUUGUCUCACCAAUUUCUGCGCCUUGUGAGUAGAUACUAGCAAAGGAUUUUCACGUGCCUCCCAUAGAAAGGGGGCAAAGGGAGAGUGUAGCAAUUGGGACAGUGCUGUAUUAGGACAACGUUGUAUUUCUAUAGGCACUCCAGAUUUAUUCUUUCCUGUGGUCACCUCCAAAGGGGCAUCUGAAGCUGGAGGGCAUCUUCAGAGACCCCUUUGGAGGUGAACACAGGAAAAUAUAAAUUUGAGGAGGUUUUGGAUAACAAUGUCACUUUUAAUAAUAAUUUUCAUUUGAUAUAGAGUAGAUAUAUGACAUGCAUGUAUCAUUUUAAUCAGUGGCGGAACUAAUGUAGAGAGGAUCCAGGUGCAAGAACUUUUUGGGGGGGGAUCCCCCUCUAGUGCAAGGGUGGCCAAUUGUACAAUUCCAAUGAUGCUAUACCAGCUAGAGAUCUACCAUUUGCCCAUUCUUGCAGGGUUGUAUUUGUGAGCAGGGUUAGUGCGUUUAAAGUAACACUAUAGUCACCUAAACAACUUUAGCUUAAUUAAGCCGUUUUAGUGUGUAGGUCAGAGUGUGUGUGUACAGUGAAUGCAGUGAGUGGUGGGGGGAUGGUCAACUAAAUAGUUAAAGGGACACUGUAGUCACCUAAACAACUUAAGUUUAAUGAAGCAGUUUUAGUGUAUAGAUCAUGCUUCUCAGGUUUUACUGCUCAACUCACUUCCAUUUUGGAGUUAAAUCACUUUGUUUCUGUUUAUGCAUUCCUUGUCACAACUCCCUUGACUCUGAUUGACACAGCCUGCAUGAAGAAAAAAACAACAACAAAAAACUGGUUUAAACAAUUGUAUCUCUUUCUCUGUAAAUUUAACUUUAAUUACAUCUAGCAGGCUAUUAACAUAGAGGAUAAGAAAAUCUAAAUUAAAGAGAACUUGCAAUAAAGGAAGGAUAAACUUUAGAUGACUCUUUACAUGAAGUGUUUAGGAAGGCUGUGCAGUCACAUGCAGGGAGGUGUGACUAUGGUUCAUAAACAAAGUGAUUUAACUCUUAAAUGGCAGAUAACUGAGCAUUCCUACUGCAGAUGCAUGAUCUAUACACCAAAACUGCUUCAUUAAGCUAAAGUUGUUUUGGUGACUUUAGUGUCCCUUUAAACACUAUAGUGUCAGGAAUAUAUUUUUAUAUUCCUGGCACUAUAGUGUUCCUUUAAGGGGUUAAGCAGACAAGAGUUCAGUCAACAAAUGGGUUAAUAUUAUAAAUUCAGUAAAUUGAUUGGUACAUUAAUUGUAAUAUAUAUAUAUACUCAAGGGGACUGUUAAUAGUUUACCAAACAAACAUCAGAGGUGAAAACCUACUUCUUGCUUGAAAAUCUCUGCAGGUUCUGUGCUGCUUAAUAGCAAGUAUCCUUUUAUAAAUAACCGUGAUUUCCAGGUAACAAGCUAUAAUGUCCUAAAUUGUGCAAAGUUUAGGAUAAGCCUAAGCAAAGUAAUGGGAUGGUAUAUAUAUAUUUUUUUUUUCCCACAAAAUGUAACCACGUUAAUAAAAAAAAAAAAAAAAUACCUUACAGAGCAGCAGAAAUACAAUGACAAUUACAAUCCAUGUUAUUAAUAUGAGUAGUUUUUUCUGUACUGAGCUGAUAUUAUAACCUGAGGGAGAGCUAGAUGAUCACUAGUCUUGACCAGCAAAUAUAAUGGGUGCAGUGACCCAGUUGUUAGUUUUUAGUUAUAAUUUGUUUUUCACUAUAGGUCAUAAUAACCUUCUAUCAGAAAAGUGCACUUUCAAUGGUUUCUUCGUGACAGAUUACAAUUCACUUUGUUUAUAUGAUGUAAUGUCAAGCUAAGAACUAAAACCUGGAAUGGUACAGAACACUAACCGGUUUAUUCAUUAAACAGGAAAUUGUGAAGAAUUGCAAAUUAUAGGGCAAAAUAAUCAGAUUGGAAAAAUUCGACUAUCUUUACUGUUCAGCUUCUUUGGCCUAAAAUUUGUAAUUCCGUUAAGAAAAGUAGACAGGGUCUUGCAUGUUUGUUUUUAUUUAAAAUAGCAUUGAAAAUCUUGCUCCGUAUCAUUACGAAUAUUGGUGAUUUUGGGUUACAAUGUGAAGUGUAAGCAAUUCGGAGUAACUUGGCUACUGUUGUGUAGUUAUAUCAAGUAAAAACUAGAUCAGGCCGCGGGGUCUUAGAAAUACAGUGCUGAAUAGGGAUCUAUAAGCAACCAAUUCCCUCCAAAGGCAGAACGCUGUUCCACACAAUAUUAAGAAGCCAUUGACCAUAGGUACAGUUGUGAAUAUCUGUCAAAACCAACAGGGAUGGUGGAAGAGACUCACAGGCUACAGUGGGUAACUCUGAUUGGCAGAUAGGUAUGAAGCCGUAUCCCUGAGAUUAGGAUAGUAUCAGCGUGGGGACUUCACUGAUUUCCGUGUAUAAAUGUGCACCCUUCUCUUUGUGUGGCCUCCCUGUGUGCGUAGUAGGAACCACUGAUUCCAAAUUCACAGAAGGUGUAGUUGCCUGUUGUGCGAUGGGGUGCAAUCGGUGAAGUCUGCCAACACUUGGUCCAGGCUGAUCAGAGAAGCAUUUUGUAUCCGCCAUUUUGGAGGAGACGCCACUCUCCAACGGGACACACACACCGCUCUCUCAAGAUGCGUCCGAUCAGUUCGGCUGUUAGGCCCUGUCCCUGGUUAAUAUACUCUAGUCCCUAGUACAUUAAUGUACUUUAUUCAAUUUUUUAAAAAUUAUUCUAAGAAUAUAUUUUCUCUAUUUAUGCAGAAACGUUAUUGCUCCUCUUGUGAAGGCUUUAAAAGCAGACCAUGCCAUGCUCCAUGAAGUGGGAUAUACAAACCACACUUAUAUAAAUUAGAUGUGGGGAUUCCAGGAGCUAUAAUACGACACAAUAGUAAAAAUCAAUAUUAUUAUUAUUAUUUCUAUAUCGCCAUCACAUUCCAUAGCGCUGUACAUUGCAAUAGAUAAUAAAUGAGAUCCAACUCCAAUAUAUAUAUAUUGUGUGUGUUGAUGUAUUGUCCAAGAAAUGUCCACUUAAAAGAAUAAUUAACAAAAAGACAGUCCCACAAAUAAGAUAAGUCCAAAAUAAUAAAUCAGUCCUCAGAAUGUAGCAUGGGAUACGCUCACUAAGUUAUAUAUAUGGGAAUACACAGCUAUGGAGCCUCUAUGGCAAUAAUAUAAUUUACUGAAAAACAAUAAAUAUAAAAGCCAAAUAGUAAAAAAAUCACAUAAAAAUAAAAUAAAAAGUAAGGGUAAUGAGAAAGCGACACAGUACAAAAUCAACUGUGUGCUAAAAAUAAGAGAAUGAAUAUGAAAAAGAGGACUGCUUCUUAGAAAAAUCCAAACAUCUUUAAUGUAUUAGUAAUAAAAUAAAUCAUAAAAUAAUCCAUAGACAAAUCGUAUAAAUCAAUCCUUAAAAAAUAGCAUAGAGGUACCAACAAAAACUCAGGAUAUGGUGCACAUUGAUUGCUGCAAUGAAAUGGGAUGUAUAUUAUUAAUCUUAAAUUAAAGUUCUAUUGCAUGCUUUAGUUCAGUAUGAAUGUCUGGUUCGAACAAGAUGUAGUCCCUUAAAUGCCAAUGUCUAUCUCUGUCUAGACCGCAAAUCUUCAUUAAGUUUUAUUGGACCAAAGAAUGUUCUGACCAUGGAACAUUUUUAAUUACACAGUCUUUUAAAAACCAUAUCUUUUCUGACAUUAAAAUUAAAUCAGUCCGUGAGUAACUUUUGGGAAGGUGUGAAACAAAAGUGAAAUCAAGAGUUGAUGCUAAACUUUCUGUAGUCUGGGAAAAGAGCAAGAUUAUCUGUAAAUAACUCUUUGCUUACAACACAAAAAAGUGGUCUGGGAGUCCUUAACCAUAUACUUUAUUAUAUUGCGCCACACUAUGCAAAAAUGGUAAGAUGGAAAUCUCCUCAAGAGACAUACUAUAUCGAACUUACAAUGGAUUUCUGUGCAAAAAUCUUCUCAAAAUGUCACUGCCGAACACAAUCUUUAAUCAUAAGAUCUAGAGAAAAAGACUUCAUACUGACCACCACUCACGCAAACAAAAAUCAACUAGGUUCUGGAUUUAAUAAGAGCUUGGGAAUUUUCAACUUAUCGUGGAUUUAAAAAAAAAAAAAGAAAAUAUUGGGCAUUCAUAUCUCAUUGAUGCAGCCUUUUGUAGAUUUGUUUAAAUCGAAUUCAACAGGUAGAGAAUCCGUAUCAAAAACUACAUAUAUGUAGCGUUACUUAUCUGGUCUCUUGACAGCCCACACCACACAUUAGCCAAAUAUAUUAGCCAUUUGCACGGCCGGAAUUCUAGAAAAAAUAAUGCUUUUCGUAUCCAAAGUACUUUAAAAUGGCAAUGAGGGCAUCACGUCACUUUUGGUUCCAAUUGGUCCUCAUCAGUCUGGUGUUCAUGUACGUUUUGGGGACUCAGGCAUGACGUCCAAACAAAUAACACUUAAUCGUAUUUAAAUUCGUAAGCCUGCCAGGAAGCCACCAGUCAUGGAAGACUCCUAAGUACCGCUAUGGAACUUAUUUCGGCAUUAGGACUGCAUGGUACUUAGCCGCAAAUGUUGUGAAACUGUUUUCAGCUAGGUGACCCUGCGGUUCCCGGACAACUUGGUCCAGGGUUUUGAACCACUUUUCCAGCCAGGAGAGAGCUUUUUGGAGUGAAAGGCACCUGAGACUAAGGGGUACAAACUCUUCCUGCGAGCCAGGUGAAAGACCCCAUAUUUCAGAAGCGGGAGCUCCCGAAAGUUGACUGGCAAAAUCACCAAACACUCUAACUAUUUUGGGCUAGGAACACGUGUGCAGCUGGUCAGAACUUUUUCCUUACACUGCAUGGAUCUGAGGGAUAUUUGGACAACUUGGGCGCUCAGGUUAGGGCUGUUUGGGGAUGUAGGACAUGUGGUGUUAUUAUAUGUUUUUAUGAUGGUUUUAGGGUACUUUUGUUUUUGUGUUUUGGUCUCUGUACCUGGGAGAUAAUUAGUUUACUCAAUGAUUUCCCAGGCCCAGAGGUUCCUGGAUUGUAUUGUUUGAAGACCCCCUGCUGGGUUCUGUGCAUAAAAAGCUGAGUUUUACUCAUUAAACUAAGUUGUACUCCCAGAACUAUGUGUCAUCUAGUUACUGGGAGGGGAAAGGGCUAUUCACUGCUCAGCACCUUGUUACCUUGUUUCAGUUUGUGGAGGAUUAAGUGGGGAAAGUCCUUGUAAGGACUAUAGCCCUUGUGUCGUCCAGUCCCUGGGAGGGAAUAGAACUAGUCCCCUAUCCUGUUCCAGGAUGGACAGGUCCAGGAGGACCCCAGUCAAGCAACUGGGUCAGAAGCGCUGAGGCUUUCCCUGGUUCCAGCUAGGAAGUUAUCAUUGGCGGAUGUAACCAGCCAGGGUACAGGGAGCUCCGCUACAACGCCUGUAUACAAUCUCUGUAUUCACUUGUCAUGGAAAUUUUACAACCAAUGCACUGUACCUACUACUUAUAAAUUGUGAAUAAAGAAAUAUUUACAAAAAAAGUCUGGAUUUAAAAUAAAUAAAUAAAUAUGACACAACCAAGUCCCUCUACCUUUUUUAAUUUAAAGGAACACCAUAGGGUCAGGAACACAGACAUGUAUUCCUGACCCUAUAGUGUUAAAACCACCAUUUAGGUGGCUUGCCCCCCGUCUUACCCCCUUAGCCCCCUUAAAAGGUGAUAAAAUGGGGGCAUGGCUAGCGACCAAAUGGAAAGGGUGCAUGGAGUAAGAGCUCCCCCCCAAAAAAAAGCUACAAAAAUCAGCCUAGAAGUGCUCCAGCGAGCUGCAGACACCCUCAUGGCACCGUCCAAGCAGUUAAAGCUCAUGGACCCGAUCUGUUCAGCCAAAAAGGACCGGCUCCGUUCCAGCCAAGAUGGCGACGACAGCAUGGCCCCUACCCCUAUAUCAGAGGACCAGCCUGAUACAGAGACUCUUUCAAGCCGCUACACAGACACCCCGGUGAGUGAAAACUGCUUUACACGAUGCUGAAGAAUUAAGGGAAACAUUCCACACUGACUUCAAGCAAAUGACGGCGGAAUUUCGGCGGGAACUGUCAGUGAUUGGGGACAGGACGGACCGCCUGGAGGUACGCACUGAAGAGCUUUGCUCUGCACACAAUGACAUAGAGGCUAAAGUUCAAGCCCUCACUGAUGAACAAACAUAAUUAAAGCAGCAGACAUGGAAGAUUGUUCGCGAUGAAACAUCAGAUUCAGAGGCAGCCCUGACAACCUUUCUGUAUACUGUUAGCCAUAAUUUACCUAGUAUGUUUAAAGGGUCAGGUUACGAGGCCGCACCACGCAGAUUAAUCCGCCUCCCCCAGUUGGGUCUGCCUCCCAGGUACUAGGCGCGGUGGCUGACUCAACAGCACUAAAUACCCUUUAGAAAUAGGGAAUGUUGUAUAUACUUUGUUUGUUUCUUAUGUUUAUGUCUUCCAUGAUUUUGGGGUUCACUGUCUUAAUGUAUGCCCCCAAUUGAUAGCACCAACAAUCACUCUUCGAUAUCAUGGCCCACAAGGGAGGGGGGGAUGCUCCAGAUCGCCCACACGCAGCGGCAGGGUAGCCUCUGCACAUAUAGUACCCACGCAAAACCUCUGAGACGCAACCGAUAUAGCGCACAUCUAAAUAAACUACUUAAUGGGGCCACUUAACUCUAUGGUUAUUUUCUCCCUUAAUGUGAAAGGCCUUAAUGGUCCCCACAAACGGAGGCUGGCAGUCCAGGAAAUUCGCAAUUCUGAGGCGGCCAUAGCAUGUCUGCAAGAGACGCACCUUUGCAAACGCAAUCCCCCGAGAUUCACAGUACAGCACUACUUCCAAGCAUAUCAUGCAUAUUCCUGAACCAUAUCAAAAGGGGUCUCCAUAUACUUUCAUAAUGAUUGGGCAUUCACCCCAAGCAGGCAACAUGCUAGUCUGGAUGGCCGCUUGCUUAUUCUAGCAGGCACACUGAACGGUAUUGUGCUAACGAUUACUUACCUAUAUGCCCCUAACUAGGACCACAAAUCCUUCCUAACCUCUGCACUACUGAAGGUUGCAAAAUAUAAGCAGGGCCAUGUGAUUCUCUGUGGUAUUUUAACUGCAAAACAGAUCCCCACUUAGACAUACAACACACACGGAGCAAAAGGCCCAAGCGGGCAUUGCUGGCAUUGCGACAACAUUUAGCUCGACUGUUAUUUGAUCAUGACCUAUAUGACACAUGCAGGGAUGAAUUUACCACAAGGCAUGCCUUGUUUGCCUCAUGUUCUGGGGCUGUCCACCUUACUGUGAGUGAGUGAAUGUAGCUGUCAGUGUGUGUCUGUGAGUGUGGGUCAGUGUGUGUAUGUCUUUUUAUGUGUAUCUGAGAGUGUGUGCCUGUCAGUGAGUGGGUGUGUCAGUGUGUGUCUGUCAGUGAAAGUGUGUGUUGGUUAAACAGUGUGUGCCAAUGACUGUAUCUGUCAGUGAGUGUAUAUCAGUGCAUGUAUCAAUGAGGGCAUGUGUCUGUCAGUCAAAAAAAUGGCCUUUACAAGAAUUGGGGGGGCAAAUUUAGAUUUUGGGGGUGCCCGAAUUUAGUCCUGCCUAGGGCAGCACAAAUCCAAAAUACACCACUGGACACAUGGCGUUGCCUUUAUCCUGGAACUAGGGAUUACACAUAUUACUCCCCUGUGCAAGGUGAUCCCCUCCCUGGAGGAGAUCUCAAAGAGAUUAGAUAAUAUAUGUAUAUAUGAACAAAUGGCCCUUAGGAUAAAAGGGAAAGUGCAGCAGCAUGAGUUAUUAUAGCAUUGUUGGCUCACGCAUAGCGGGACACAGCUAACAGGAGUUCCAGGCCCGACUUAACAGACAUAGCACACUCGAUCCAAACUGAAAAGAGCAUAUACCCCUGACUGGACACCAAAACACGAAGCAGGAACCCCAGUUCACGCUUUUCCUCACCUUGUUUCCUUCUCCCCUUAUUCAAGUCCCUUAUCCCCAUGUUUAGGAUGUACACAGUUUCAUUUAGAUGCCACCACACAUGACAGAUAGAUGUGACAAUGUAAGAAAGCAGAUGGCCAAUUGUUUACUCACAUAGGUCAUUGCAUACAGGGAACAGGACUUUAUUAUAUUUAUUAGAUAUUUAUUAUAAAACCUCUCUUGGUUUUCCUCCUAUCUCUCCCAACGCUCAUUCAGUGUCUCCAUUUCCAAGAAUAUCUCCUCCCCUCAUCCUCUCUCAGUUGGGGUUCCCCAAGGCUCUGUCCUUGGUCCCCUUCUAUUUACUCUUUACACUGCCUCUCUUGGCAAACUUAUUGCCUCUUUUGGAUUCCACUACCACCUGUACGCUGAUGACACUAAGAUAUACCUCUCCUCCCCCUGACCUCCCCCCUGCCGUCCUGCAAUGUGUCACUGCUUGCCUUUCUUCCAUCUUUGACUGGACGUCCUCACGCUUUCUGAAACUCAAUCUCUCUAAAACUGAACUCCUUGUUUUUCCUCCUCCUAAUACUGAUCCUCCUCUCUUGCUCUCCCUUCAAGUCAGUGAUAUCCACAUAAGUCCAUCCUUGCAAGCACGCUGUCUUGGCAUCAUACUUGACUCUGGCCUCACAUCCAGUUUGUUGCCAAAUCCUGUAGGUUCCAACUUAAAAACAUAGCCCGCAUCCACCCCUUUCUUACACAAGAUGCUAUCAAGGAGCUUGUCCAUGCUCUAGUAAUUUCCCGCAUGGAUUACUGUAACCCUCUCCUGAUUGGUCUCCCAAAAAGCUGUAUUGCCCCGCUACAGUCUGUAAUGAAUGCUGCAGCUAGACUGAUUUUCCUCUCUAGUCGGUCCUCUCACACCUCACCCCUUCUUUCAGUCCUUACAUUGGCUCCAUGUAUCCUAUAGGAGUCAAUUCAAAGUGCUAACCCAUACAUUUAAAGCACUGAACAAUUCUAGCCCCUCUUAUAUCUCUUCACUGAUCCAUAGGUAUGCCCCUCCUCGUUCCCUCCGCUCUGACCUUGACCACCUCCUCACUGCUGCGCGCACCCGUACGGCCAACUCACGCUUGCAUGACUUCUCACAGGCGGCUCCCUUCUUAUGAAAUAGCCUGCCUAACACCAUCAGACUCUCCCCUAGUCUUCAAUCAUUUAAGAAGGGCCUUAAAACCCAUCUCUUUAGGAAAGCUUAUGGCGUCCCAGAGUAACCUCUACCUCACGUACCUGUAUCUUGCUCUCUCCUAUAGGGCAGUGCUUUACUCUCUCCUCCAGCUCUGCUUCACUCCCACCUUAUUUGAUUGCUAUUUCCUGUCCUAACUUGUCUUGUACCCCACCUCCUAUAGACUGUAAGCUCCUUUGAGCAGGGUCCUCUUCAACCUAUUGUUCCUGUAAGUUUUCUUGUUAUUGCCCUAUUUAUAGUUACAUCCCCCCUCUCAUAAUAUUGUAAAGCGCUAUGGAAUCUGUUGGCGCUAUAGAAAUGGCAAUAAUAAUAAUAAUAAUAUAUUAUCACUAAAAUCACCCAGACAACUUCCUCUCAAUGAAGUGGUUUGUGUGCUGUGGUCCUAUCAUUUUUAAACCUGCAAUGUAAAACAUGGCAGUUUUUUUAGAAAAGGCAAUGUUUUCACUGCAGGGUUAAAUCCAUGUCUAACUGCAAAUGUGUGCACAUACAUUACUUGUCAGUGUUAGGAUCAGUACAUCGCGAUGGGUACAGUUACUCUUUCAACCAGUUUGCAUUGUUAGUAAAUUAGAAAAGAGACUCAACAUUCAAAAACCAGGCAAUGUUAUUUCAUUUAUUUUCCUCCAGGACACAACAGGUCACUUUUCUGAAAAGUACUCUUGUCUCUGACCGUUUGUUCUGCAGGUUAAAAAUGAUCAAUUUUCACCAGUACUGUCUGACGAAAACAUACAUGCUGACGGCUGCCUGAGGCCUUGAUCACUGCCUUGCAUGUCCUGCUUUAGACUGGGUUGAGUAAUCAUUACAGUAAAGGCUCAGGUGUAUCACUAUUUUUCAGGAAGUGAGGAGCUGUCAGAAAGUGAUCCAGGUGAGAAUCAGGAAGGUAAUUGAAACUCAGAAGGAAGAGAGAGACAGUCAGAAGCAGACACCGGGAGAGAGACAAACAGGUACAUGAAGGGAGAGGUGUUUUCUUGGGGAUCUGAACUUGUCUCUGUGUGAUUAUAAUUGUGUCAGUGUUUGUCUUGUUUCUAUCUGUCCUGAAUGAUCCUGCCAGUGCACCUGCCAGCACAAUGGGCCCUCCUCUAAAGGUUCACGAGCUGAUCCGAGCAAUCCGGAGUGUUAAAACACAGAAUGAAGAGCGAGAGGUGAUCCAGAGAGAGUGCGCUGACAUCCGCUCUUCUUUCCGGGAUGAGGACACAUUGUAUCGUGGACGAAGUGUCGCCAAACUUCUCUACAUGCAUAUGCUUGGGUACCCUGCACACUUUGGACAGGUAUGUGAGGGAUAGACAUGACUUGUUCAUAGUCACUGUUGAAAAUCUGCAGUUUUAUUUUUCUUUGAUAUUUCAGUGACAGAAACUAAUGAAAUACUGCACUGCACUUGUGAGGGGGUGGGCAGGGCUGCUACACAGGUAUGAGGGAAGUGUUGGGCUGCUAAGCAGGUCUGAGGGGCAGGGCAGGGCAGCUGCUAAAUGUGUGAGGUAGAGCGCAGGACUGCUAUUUGUGAGUGACGGGGUUGCUGAGUUGUUUAGUUUAAGUAAGGAUGGGAGCUGGGCUGUGAAGUGUGUGUGUGAGAGGUAAUAUUGGACUACAAAGCAUGUCAGGGCAGUGAUGGGCUGCUUAGUAUGUGUUAAGGGGUGCUGUGCUGCUGGAUGUGAGUGGGGGUAGAUGGACACCUUUGGUCUAAUGUGUAAGCAAGAGAAAAGGGCACUUUCAGAUCUGAUUUGAAUGUGAGACAAGAGAGACAGCUACAUCUAGUUGUAUAUUAAAGCAAAUAGUGUGUCUGGUGGCUAGUAGUAAGGUUGCGUUACUGGCUAAUCCAGUGUUUUGAAUCUGUUUAUUUGUUGGGUCUUUGUUAUUGAAUGAUUUUGCAGAUUUACUUUAGUGUGUGUGUGUGUGUGUGUGUGUGUGUGUGUACACUGCUCUAUAUGUGCACAGAGUACUGAGUCACUCUGUGUUAUGAGGAGUAUGCUGAUUCACUUACUGCAAGAGGGGACCCUGUGUUUGGUUCUUAACCCCCUCACAACCAUGAGUUAGGCAGAUCCCUUGAUUUGUCUUUGUCUUUAUUUCCUGUUAUGAUGGAGUUAAAUGGAGGGUGGGGUAAGUCUCAUGCAUCUAUAUAAAGCCUGUAAUUAGAUAGGUGCCAUACAUGAGGAAAAGCUAAAUCUAGUAAGUGAGAAAUAUAGGUUCAUUUUGAGAGCAGGCUACACACACAGUUCCAUGGACCCAUGAAUGUUAGCUUCAAAUUAAAGGUAGUUUAGGCUAUCAUUAGUUACUUUGUUUAUUAGAAACAAAGAUAAGAACCAUUGGACCCAUCUAGUCUGUCCAAUUUUCUAAAUACUUUCAUUAGUUCCCAUUACUUUAAUUUGUUUUACCUUUUUUGCAUUUUUAAAUGAGCUAGAUAAGCCCAACCUGCAGAAUUUCACAUUUUGCCGCAAUAAUAUCUUGAUAGAUUUAGUGCAUGCAAUAGUUGGUAACAUAAAAAAACAAUGCAACUGAGCAACCAUGACUUCCUGGUUUGCUGAGUGCUCAAUGCAAAAUCCACAAACCCUGCAUGAUUUGCAAUACACACAAGCAAUUUAUUUAUUAUUGCCUAUAACUUGUAUUUUAUAUUGGGGUGUUGGUAUCUCCGGCCUGUUCAUAUACUUGUUAUAGGCUUUCUUACCCUAGGCAUUUUUUUUGUGAUCAUUACAUUAUCCAGAACCGCAUCUGCUGGAAAACUAUAUACAAUCCUUGAUGUAAAACAAGAAGCUUUUCUAUUGUUACAUUUAAAUUUAUAUUAUGUUUGCUAAUCUCUUCUCUUUUACAACCUGUAAAUUCUGAAAUCUUUAUUAAGAUAUACAGGUGAUACUCGAAAAAUUAGAAUAUCGUGCAAAAGUUCAUUUAUUUCAGUAAUGCAACGUAAAAGGGGAAACUAAUAUAUGAGAGAGACGCAUUACAUGCAAAGCAAGAUAGUUCAAGCAAUGAUUUGUCAUAAGUGCGAUGAUUAUGGCUUACAGCUCAUGAAAACCCCAAAUCCACAAUCUCAGUAAAUUAGAAUAUUACAUGCAAUCAAUAAAACAAGGAGUGUACAUAGAACAAUAUCGGACCUCUGAAAAGUAUAAGCAUGCAUAUGGACUCAGUACUUGGUUUGGGCCCCUUUUGCAGCAAUUACUGCCUCAAUGCGGCGUGGCAUGGAAGCUAUCAGCCUGUGGCACUGCUGAGGUGUUAUGGAAGACCAGGAUGCUUUAAUAGCGGCCUUCAGUUCUUCUGCAUUGUUCGGUCUCAUGUCUCUCAUCUUUCUCUUGGUAAUGCCCCAUAGAUUCUCUGUGGGGUUCAGGUCAGGCGAGUUUGCUGGUCAAUCAAGCACAGUAAUCCCAAGGUCAUUGAACCAGGCUUUGGUGCUUUUGGCAGUGUGGAAAAUGAAGUCAGCAUCCCCAUAAAGCUCGUCUGCGGAAGGAAGCAUGAAGUGCUCCAAAAUCUCCUGGUAGACGGCUGCGUUGACCCUGGACUUAAUGAAGCACAGUGGACCAACACCAACAGAUGACAUGGCUCCCCAAAUCAAUGCAGACUGUGAAAACUUCACACUGGACACUGAAGCAUCUUGCAGUGUAUGCCUCUCCAUUCUUUCUCCAGACUCAGGGUCCUUGGUUUCCAAAUGAGAUGCAAAAGUUAUUCUCAUCAGAAAAAAGGGCUUUGGACCACUGAGUAACAGACCAGGUCUGUUUUUCUUUAGCCCAGGUAAGAUGCUUCUGACGUUGUUUGUUGUUCAGGAGCGGCUUGAGAAGAGGAGUACGACAUCUGAAGCUCAUGUCCAUGAUCCGUCUGUGUGUGGUGGCUCUUGAUGCACUGACUCCAGCCUCAGUCCACCCCUUGUGAAAGUCCCCAACACUUUUGAAUGGCCUUUUCCUGACAAUCCUCUGACAAGGCUGCGGUCAUCCCUGCUGCUUGUGCACCUUUUUCUUCCACAAUUUUCCCUUCCACACAACUUUCUAUUAAUGUGCUUUGAUACAGCACUUUGGGAACAUCCAACUUCCUUCGCAAUUACCUUUUGAGGCUUUCACUCCUUAUGGAGGGUGUCAAUGAUGGUUUUCUGCACAACUGUCAGGUCAGCAGUCUUGCCCAUGAUUGUGAUUCCUACCGAACCAGACUGAGAGACCAUUUAAAGGCUCAGAAACCCUUUGCAGGUGUUAUGGAUUACUUAGCUGAUAAGAGUGGGACACUGUGAGCCUAGAAUAUUGCAACUUUUAACAAUAUUCUAAUUUACUGAGAUUGUGGAUAUGGGGUUUUCAUGAGCUGUAAGCCAUAAUCAUCGCACUUAUGACAAAUCACGGCUUGAACUAUCUUGCUUUGCAUGUAAUGCGUCUAUCUCAUAUAUUCGAUUCCCCUUUUACGUUGCAUUACUGAAAUAAAUGAACUUUUGCACAAUAUUCUAAUUUUUCGAGUAUCACCUGUAUAUUGCGUAAAUUGCAAUUCUACAGAAAUAAGCAAACCCAUAGAGGUAAGCUUUGAAAGCCCUAUCUGUGAGCUUGCAAUCUAAAGUGAGUCUACUCAAACACAUAGCAUAUAGAAGUGUGUAUGUAUGUAGAAAGCCAACAUCACAGGUAAAGAUAGAAGAAUUAAUUCAAUAGUAUUCUAUUAUAACUUUGUCUGAGAGUAUUGUGCGCAUCCAUAUUCUCAAUGUAUAAAUACAUUGAUAAUUAUAAGAUAAUCAUUAUAAUUACUUUUCAAUGAUCCAUCAAUUCCAGAUGGAAUGCUUGAAGCUGAUAGCUUCACCCAGAUAUACGGACAAACGCAUUGGAUACCUUGGAGCGAUGAUGUUAUUGGAUGAGAGGCAGGAUGCCCAUCUAUUGAUAACUAACAGUAUGAAAAGGUGAGGAAGAAGUUUAACUGUAAUUUAUCCUUCUUAUGCCUGACUUAUGACUCCUCUCUUCAAGGUUUACCACUUACCCACAACUUUAUUUCUUUCCCUCCAGAGAUCUAGAGCACAAUUCUCCCCUUAUUCAAGGCUUGGCUCUUUGCACUCUGGCCUGUCUGGGAUCCACUGAGAUGUGUCGUGACUUGGCUGGGGAGGUGGAACGGCUCCUGCGGACCUCAAGUAGCCACGUCAAGAAAAAGGCAAUGAAAAUAUGGGACAUAGGAAAGGGCAGGGUUGGGUAUAAUUUAUUGAAGGAGGAAUACAUCAAAACUUAGAAAACAAGCAGGUGGGAUACUGUGUCUGUUUAUAUAGAACUUGUCUGGACAAUUAUUGUGCAUUAUAUAUUUGAGUGGAUUUACUGCAAAUAUUGAAGGUAUUUACGUGUUUACUAUUUGCUCAUUGCUCAUUACAAGAAGUUUCCAGAUUUUCACUUUGGUUAUUUUUGGUUUGCUCUGAUGUGUACUACCUUUCCAGAUGUAAACUCACUCAACACUUUCCCGCAGGCUGUACUAUGUGCUGUUCACAUAGUUCGUAAAGUUCCAGAACUGGUAGAAAUGUUCAUUCCUGUGAGUGAGGAGCUACUGGGAGAAAAGAGACAUGGUGAGAGUGGUGGUUAUAAAGAAGGGUUGAAUUUGUUUUUGCGAGAGCAUAGUAGAGAAAAUAGACAAAGCGGGGCAGGGAUGGGAGUGUGCAAAAUUUUGCAACAAUGCCUUUUCAGAAAGGUAGGAAAGAUGAGAGGGAAGAUUGUAAGGUAAAAGGUAGAUAUAACCGGUAACAGGGAAGCUGUGCUUUCCACUGUUGACUAACUGUGAGGGAAUGGGGUUUAAUUUCAGGUGUGCUGUAUGGAGCUGUUCUCCUGGUCACAGAAAUAUGUCAGAGGCACCCAGAGGCCAGCAAACGCAUCCGUAAGGUAAAUGCUGAUUAAUACAUACAUUUUCUUAUAUUUAUAAUUGUAGUCAAUGGCACAGAACAGCGACUCCCAACCCAGUCUUUAAGACACACCAGGGGUCCAUGGAAAUAGAAUUGAACCCUGGGCUUUUGAUGUCCCUUGAGGUCAGAGUUGCAAAUCACCGGCAAAGAGAAUGAUUUUAUUUUGGGGAUAGAAGAAGGGUUACAUAGGCUGAAAAGUGACAUGCGUCUAUCAGGUGGAGCCUUUCUCGCAUCUGUUUUUACUUUUGAUCCAAAAGAAGACAAAAACCCCAGUUUCAAGUGCUUUCCUAUUUUGUAACUAAACUAAGAAAAAACAGUGUCAGUCAGCAAUGGAUCAAGAAGCUAUUACCCCACAAACUAAAAAUUAUAUCCCUGAGUAUUGUGGUUUUGCAGGUAUUCAUCCAGUUGCUGUUUAAGCAUCUGUACAGACUUUGAUAAAACCACCUCUACAGGCUGGAAAUACCACAUCCUUAUUGUCCUUACUGUAAAAAAACAAAAACCUUUCCUUUGCAUUAAACUAAAUCUCCUUUCUUCCAGGCUAAAUGUGACUUUGUGUCCUAUGUAUAGUCCUGUUUAUGAAUAGAUUUAUAAAAGGGUUGCAAAAAUGUCCAAAUGGUUCAGUGAUUUUGUGUUCCAUUGUCCACAUACAAUAUAUUUAUGUUGUGGUGAAAUUCACUUGGUAAAGAAAUGAACUGGCAUUUUGUGAGUGUGUUCAUAUACUAAACGAACACUCCAGGCACAUAAAGACAUGCUAAGUAUUUUUAGCUUAUCAAAGUGCUUUGUAUGUCUGGAGUCUGUCAUAUAUAUAUAUAUAUGACCGUUUAUAAAAAUGCCAAUUUAAAGAAUCACUAUAGGGUCAGAAACACAAACAUGUAUUCCUGACCCUAUAGUGUUAAAACCACAAUCUAGCCCCUCUGUGCCCCUCAUGCCUCCAUAAAUAUAGCAAAAUCUUACUGUAUUCAAGCCUGAAGCUGUAGCUCUGCAUGCUGUCUGCUGACAUCAGCAGAAGUGGAAGCCUGAUCCAAUCACAAUGCUUCCCAUAGGAUUGGCUGAGACUGACAAAGAGGCAGAUCAAGGGCAGAGCCAGCAUGAUGCAAACAUAGCCCUGGCCAAUCAGCAUCUCCUCAUAGAGAUGAAUUGAAUCAAUGAAUCUCUAUGAGGAAAGUUCAGUGUCUGCAUACAGAGGGAGGAGAUACUGAAUGUUUGGAUGCAUUUUAGGCAGCCAUGACCCAGGAAGGAUCUCUAACAGCCAUCUGAGGAGCGACCAGUGAAGUUAUCACUAGGCUGUAAUGUAAACACUGCAUUUUCUCUGAAAAGACAGUGUUUACAGCAAAAAGCCUGAAGGUAAUGAUUAUACUCACCAGAACAAAUUCAAUACGCUGUAGUUGUUCUGGUGACUAUAGUGUCCCUUUAAAUAGAAAUCAGUGCUUUUAUUAUUGGGGCGGCAAUAACACAUCCCUGGCUGUCUGAUUGACACUGCGCUAAUAGAAAAGCUGCUCAUUGGUAUGUGCCUUAGAAAGCGGGGAGGUCUUGCAAAGAUCACAGGUCUGUGUUGUUUUUAUACACCCCCAAAGAAAGUAUGCAGAAAAUGUAUGCAUAUUUUCUUUAAGGGUGUAUCUACUAUAAUCAAAAAUCAAUGGAGUGCUCAUUUAAGAGAUUAGUGUAAAAGUAUGGUGUAAGAACAUUUUACACAUAUUUGUAACUGCUGCGUUACCACACAGACAUCCUGUAUUUGUUUUUUGCUACUUGAUGAGCCUUAUGAUGAUUCUGUAUUCUAGCCAGUCAUAUUGUCCUUGUGGUAAUAUCUGUAUUGCUAGUUUCCAAACCGUAAAUUCCAGUUCUUGCAUCCCAGUUAGUGUACCGGUAAUGCUCACUGCCAGAUUUAUACAGGUUGUGUACACAUGCCCUAAAAGUGAGUGUGCUGCAUUGUAUGGAUCUCUGUAUUACUUCUUACCAUGAUAUGCAUUCUGUGUUAUAGUUCUGACUUUCUAGAAGGCAAUGGUACAUGGUGAUCUAUUUAAUAUACUCACACUCUCUCUCUGACCUGACAACCUACACAGAGCCAGGGCCGAACUGGCCUACCGGGAUACUGGAAAAAAUCCUGUUACUCCGCCUGCCUAGAGGCCGCUUUGUGCUGCAACUGCGAGUAAGACAGGAAAGAUUGUCUUUCCUGUCUUCUUCCCUCACGCAGGCCGCGGCCGAUCUCAUGCUCAUGCGACCUGUCGGGAUCGCAAGAGAGCAAAGUAUUUGUGCAUGCCAGAUAUGCGCAUAUAGCAUUUGACUGCACUACAGUGUGCAGAGAAUACCAGCCACUCCCCCUUCCCCUCUCAAUGCUUUCCUAUGUUUGAUGAUCUCAGCCAAAGUGAGCAGCAUACAUUCACCAUUUCAGUCUCAUUACCAAACUUUUCUUAAUAUGUCAAGGUAGUUGGACUGAAACAUUGAUGAUAUGCAAAUGUACGUCUGCUAAAACGAAAUUUGUUUUUUUGUUUACUUUGUAGCCCUACGAGUGCUUUAUUUCACGUUAAAGUAAUAGUUUUUAGUUUUCGAUUUUAAGUUAUUAUUUUCUGACCUAUUUCUGCACACUAUGCCUGUGUGACACGUUAUUGGGCUGGUAUAGAAUUUUGUUCCACGGCUGCUUUUCAUUCCUUGUCUGACCCUGCACUAAGCUCAAUGAAAGUCCUUAAAUAGAUAUAUCAAAAUGUCAAAACAUAGCGAACAUUUUAUUUAAGCAUAACAUAUAAGCCCACACAUGGUUGGUGCAAUGUGCAGAUUAGGUUAUAUUUAAUUAUGGUGUAGGGUGGGGGGGGGAGGGGUUUGGUGAAGGCUUUCUGAAGAAACUAUAGAGCCUGAGAAUUUGCAGCAAAAGCAGGAACUUUAAGUUUCUUUAUAUUCAAGAAAGCAAUAAUCAGAUACUUUCUUUUUGUGUAGAGAGUAACCUUAAUAUAGGUAUUUUGUGUUCAGCUCUAGGAAAAGGUUACCCCUAUAAUAAAAAAUACCUACACAUAUUCAUCACCAUUUAUGUCCUUGUAGGUUUGUUGGGAAUCCAUAUUCUCUGUAAAUGUGUGCAUCAGCCCUGAGUUUUCCUUAUUUUACAAUAUUUAUUACCUGCGUUAAAUCAAGGUCUCCUCUGUCCUCUUAUAUACCCACACAAAAGGAUUUUUAUUAGCAAUUCACUUAUCCUUCAUUAUAUGUUUGUGUAUUUUGACACUUUGUGCCCUACUUUAUAUUGGAUUCAAUGUUCAUCUGAAUCAUUUCUUUAAAUGAUGAUGAUAAUAAUAACUUAUAUAGAGAUUUUUAUAUAGAGAUUGGACUUAAAGUGCUUUAGACAAUAUGCAAUCACGUAUUUAGAAGUUACAGAUUAUAUUCCCGAACGGUUAACAAAACAAUUUAUUAGUGAUUUAUUUCAAAACAAUUUAUCAGUGAUUGCAGAAGGUCUUGAUGGUAAGGUAUGUCUUUUUGCUGAUGAUACUAAGAUAUGUAAAAGGGUUGAUGUUCCAGAAGGGAUAAGCCAAAUAGCAAAUGAUUUAGGUAAACUCGAAAAAUUUAAUGUGGGUAAGUGCAAGAUAAUGCAUCUUGGACGUAAAAACCCAAGGGCAGAGUACAGAAUAUUUGAUAGAGUCCUAACUUCAACAUCUGAGGAAAGGGAUUUGGGGACAAUUAUUUCUGAUGACUUAAAGGUAGGCAGACAAUGUAAUAGAGCAGCAGGAAAUGCUAUCAGAAUGCUUGGUUGUAUAGAGAGAGGUAUUAGCAGUAGAAAGAGGGAAGUGCUCAUGCCAUUGUACAGAACACUGGUGAGACCUCACUUGGAGUAUUGUACACAGUACUGGAGACCGUAUCUCCAGAAGGAUAUUUGAUACUUUGGCGAGCAUUCAGAGAAAGUAAGGAGAAAAUAAAUUUUACACAUAUUUGGAACUGCUGCGUUACCACACAGACAUCCUAUAUUUUUUUGCUACUUGAUUUGCUACUGAACUGGUUCAUGGAUUACAGGAUAAAACUUACCAGGAAAGGUUAAAGAAACGUAACAUGACGAGACAGGGGGAUAUGAUAGAAACAAUUAAAUACAUAAAGGGAAUCAACACGGUCAAGGAGGAGACUAUAUCUAAGAAGAAAAAACACCACAACAAGAGGACAUAGUCUUAAAUUAGUGGGGCAAAGGUUUAAAAAUAAUAUCAGGAAGUAUUACUUUACUGAGAGAGUUGUGGACGCAUGGAAUUCCAUGCUGAAGUGGUAGAGGUAAGGCUAUCCUAACUAUAAGAUAAGGCAAGGGACUAAUGAAAGUAUUUAGAAAAUUGUGCAGACUAGAUUGGCCAAAUGGCUCUUAUCUGCCGUCACAUUCUAUGUUUAAAUGUGCAAACAAAAUAGGCGCUUAAUAGUACAAUGUAAAUACGUUAUGUGAUCAGCAGCUUAAUACACACUAUGGGUACUAUCCAAAAAUCCACAAAACAAAUACAAUAUACAAAUAUAGAACUCGGUGUUUAGGUGAAAUACCACCUUUAAACACACAAUUAGUGAGUGAAGCACUCAGAGGUAAAAUUAUUUACCCCUUUAAAUCGCGGUGUCAUUACACCAUAUUUGGGGAAAAAAAGAAAAUAAAGUAAAAAUAUGCUGUGAUAUUGUAAUAAUACAAAAGGUGAUGAUGCAGUAACUGGUAAUACACUCAUGUUUUAAAGAGCCUUUUUAAGAGGCUAGGCUCUAAACGUGUGGGCCUCUGUGCCUUUAUAGCGGCAACAAAACUUUCUUCAUUGCAGAAUGUUAACCACAGUAGAUGUAUAUAACAAAUGGAGAUAUAAGGGAAGCAGGGCAGUUGCAUGGGGGCCCCACCGCGCUGCCCAGCGUGCCCAGGCCAACAGAGGAGAUAAUUUGAUCUCCCCUGCCAGCCCUCUUUUAUGGCCAUGGGCUCUCUCAGGCUGUUGAGAGAUUGGAGAUCUCCCUCACCGGCCCAAGAGCCCUUCGAUCGGGGAGAGAGGGCAGGAGGACCCGGAGGCAGGUGGAGGGAUCUGUGAAGCAUAUUGCGCCUCCCGCGAGCAGGCCGUGUGGAGCGUAGGCGUGCGUUACCAUGGCAAUGCUCCACACCGCAUUCUGUGCGCUGGAAGACAGAAGAGUCUGCAGGGUACAUAGAACUUACCACCACCGGACCACCAGGGCUGGCUGUGUCCCCCCCCCUCCUUCACCAAAGGUUAGAAAAAGGUAGGGGGGCAUGAAGAUUUUAUUAAUGUAUAGGAUUAUUUAAAAAAAAAUAAUUGCUGCCUGCACCCCUCAAACUCUGCAACCCACACAUACACAGCACUCCUCACACACACACAGCACCCCCUCGCACACAUAGUACCACAGCACACACACACAGCACUCCUCACACAGACACAGCACUCCUCUCACACACAGCACCCCCCCACGCACACAGCAUCACUCACACACACUCAGCACCCGAACACACAAACACAUACAGUGCACCCCUGAUUGCAGUAUGUGUGUGUGUAUUCAGCAGACUGUGUGUAUUCAGCAGUCUGUGUGUUUGUGUGUAUGUAUUCAGUGGACUGUGUGUAUGUAUUCAGCAGCCUGUGUGUAUGUAUUCAGCAGUCUGUGUGUACUCAUUAUUAUUCUGUGUGUGUGUGUGUAUUCAGCAGUCUGUGUGUUUGUGUGUAUGUAUUCAGUGGACUGUGUGUAUGUAUUCAGCAGCCUGUGUGUAUGUAUUCAGCAGUCUGUGUGUACUCAUUAUUAUUCUGUGUGUGUGUGUGUGUGUAUUCAGCAGUCUGUUUGUUUGUGUGUAUGUAUUCAGUGGACUGUCUGUCUGUAUUUAGCAGCUUGUGUGUAUGUAUUCAGCAGUCUGUGUGUACUCAUUAUUCUCUGUGUGUAUGUAUAUUCAGCAGUCUGUGUGUGUACGUAUUCAGUAGUCUGUGUGUAUGUUUGUGUGUGUAUUCAGCGGACUGUGACUGUAAACAGCGGACUGUGUGUAUGUAUUCAGCAGUCUGUGUGUGUGUACUCAGCAGUCUGUGUGUGUGUGUACUCAGCAGUCUAUGUGUGUGUACUCAGCAGUCUGUCUGUGUGUGUGUACUCAGCCGUCUGUCUGUGUGUGUACUCAGCUGUCUGUGUGUGUGUGUACUCAGCCGUCUGUCUGUCUGUGUGUGUACUCAGCCGUCUGUCUGUGUGUGUAAUCAGCAGUCUGUGUAUUUAACUGUCGGUGUGUAUGUGUUCAGCAGUCGGUGUGUAUGUAUUCAGCAGUCUGUGUGUAUGUAUUGUAUGUAUGUAUUGCAUUUGUUAGAGAUACUAAUAAAUAUAAGCUUAAUUUUAUCUAUAAUUUAAUUUUUUAUUCCUGUGAGUUGUGUGUAGGCAGGCAUUUUAACUGGGUUAUGGUUGAGAAGCUAUUAAGACAAGCUGGAUUGCAUAGUUUUUGAACUGUGGAAUAAAGCUGGCCUGAUCUAUUUUUUUUUUUUUUUUGCGUUUUGUGAUUUCUUGAGAGGAAUUUUUUGUGUAAUUAUUUUUUGGUAAGCAUAUGCGUGUUUUGACAACUUAAGCUUAUUCUCCAGUGAUCAGAUGUCUGCUCUUUAUAGGAGUAAUCAGAGUGUGGAAUCCGUUGUCUAAGUAUGGCUUUAGCAUUGCUUGGUUAAGUCGUUUGCUAAGAUUCCGUAUCAGUCUUCUACAGUCCUUUUUUGAUGAUUAAUGGAUUUUCAACCCAUUGCCUUAGAUCUGCCCAUAUAUUUUAAUCAUCUUGUGCUGGACUGUUUGGAGAUGUUCAAAAUAAAGGUAUCUACAGGCAAAUACAGGAUGGUUAGUCAUUGAGUUAUAUGAUUUUCUGAGCGAUAUGCCACCUCACCUAUUUCUGGGAAUGAUUGAAUUAGUAAGAUAUAGUCCUUUAAAAGUAGACCAGCUGCAAUAGAUUAAUCUCUCUGUAAGCUGUGUCUUCAAUAAUUAUUUCUAUUAUUUUUAAAUAAAUUACCAACACAUUUAAUAGAGCUAUGAAAUGUGUUCACAAAGCAUGCUGGUGAUGGUAAAUCUGCUGAGCAGGGGCAAUAAUGGCUGAUGGGGGUUUUGGCUACGGGACCUUAUAGUGAUUUUCUUAACUGUAUUUGACAAAUUUUACACAUGGUUUUUGCUUCAAUAAACAAUCUCAGUGAUCCAUUUUUUUAGUUGUGAUAGGUAACAAAAUAUGUUGACCUUUCCCUGUGUUUUAAUAGGUGUUCGUUGAAGUUAGGAAGCAGGGCUUGUACAGCAAACAAUUUUCAAGCUGCUUAUUUCCUGGGGCCUCAUAAAUGUCAUAUGUUCCUUUUAUUGAGGGCAUAAUCUAGAGCAGACACAGGGGUUAAGAACCACUUCCCUACCAUAUAGAAGAUGUGGGUAAUAAUUUAUAGAAAAGUACAGUAUCCAUAAUAGAAAUGUAACUAUCUCUACACAAUAUUCAAAAUCAAUUUAUAAUUGGUAGCUGUAAAAUUAAGAAAAUUGUUGGUAGGAGGAAUUGUUAUUGUGUGAGAUGAAACUCAAGUGAUAGAUACAUUACUUGGGAAUUUAAUGAGUUUUCCUGAUAGUUUUUAAAACACUGGAGGUUAUAAAAAAGAAAGUCUGAUGUGUAGAAGUAAGGCAUUCCAUAAGAAUGGAGCAGGCCAGGAAUUGGGAACAGACGUGUUGUUGGCAUAUGUUGUAGGGUUGAGUAGAGGCUGAGAUUGCUUGUAUGUACUAAUUGGAGAUGUUGAGGUGUAAUUUGCAUUAUUCUUGCGGAGUGCUUUGUAGGAGGGAACACAAAUUUUAAUUAAGCCCCAAAUAGAGGACAUUUGUGUAAGGAGAGGUGUGGCGUGUAAGAAAACCAUAGCCUGGUGGAAGACCUGGGUGUAAUCUUAGCACAUAUGUAAUGCAUGAACAGUGGAAUAAUGUAGAAGAUAAUCAAUGCUUGUAGAAUUAUUCUAGAAUUAAUAGAAAUUGAGGUUGGAAUCUAUCACUGCUUACAGAAUAACCUUGUAUAGGCAGGUGUCUAUCAGUCUAGUUGUUGGAUAAUGCAGUGAAAUUUUAAUUUGCUACUGUUAUCCUGCAUUCAGGAUACUAUCUAGAUGUGGUUACCUUUUUCCCCCAAUUAACAAUGUUAGCAGCUGCAUGCUUUCCCAUGUCUUGAAACACGAUCCUGUAUGUUGUUACUGGGCAACACUUUCACUGCACCAUUUACACACUGUUUAUUUUCUGUAUAAUGUAAUUACAAACAUCAUUACAGCUGAUUAUAUACCAAUAAUUACAAGAAUUACAGCAGAACAUGCCUUCGUUGUGGCAUGGGUUGGGAUGUUAUUUAUAGAAAAAGGUUUUACCAAGUGCCGACACACCUUUUUCUAGAAGUUAAAUCUUUAUAACCUUGUAAUGCAGACCGUAAAGAAGAGUUCUUUAACGGUGUUACAUUGGGAACUUAUAGAGAUGGAUGUACAGCUUUCCGGUGAAAAAAUUGAAAAUAACUUUAACUAGAAACGAAGAGAGAGAAUAUGCAGCAGUUCUAAUGUAGAUGUGAUGAGGACGUACCAGCGAUGUAACAAUGCUCCGGGGGAAGGAUAGGGUACUUCUACAAAGCUUAACAAUAGAUCACAUGACAUAAUCACACAAUAGAUGUGUAAAAACUCAAUAGUGUUAAAAAACAUAUGUGACCUCCUGAAAGACAUCUUAAAUGUGUUUUAAAAGUAAAUAAGAACUGUGUCCUUGUGUUCUAAUAAGAUAAUCUUAACGGUGUGAUGAAAUCUAUGAUCAAUAUACAGUUCUGGUAAAAAAAAAAGUACACAUCUGAAUUCAAUGGUUUUUACAUAUCAGGACAUAUAAUAGCAAUCAUUUGUUCCUUAGGAAUUGGGUAAAUACGUCAGAUGAACAACAACACAUUAGUUAUUACACCGUGUCAUGAUUUAUUUAAACAAAAAGAAAGCCAAAAUGGAGAAACCAUCUGUGAAAAACUAAGUACACCCGUACUUGCGUAGGAAUUAAAAGGCUAAGUAGCAGACAGGUGCUGCAAAUCAAAUGUCCUUGAUUAAUUGAACAUCAGGAAGUGUGACCACCUCUAUAAAAGCUAAAGUUUUAGCAGUUUGUUGGUCUGGAGCAUUCAUGGGUGUGUUAACACAAUGCCAAGGAGGAAAAACAUAUAACCUUAUACCCGUCCCAGUUUGAUGGCCAUUUCCAAACAAUAAAGUCCAUCAUCCUACAGUGAGAAAGAUUAUUCAAAAAUUGGAAAAUAUUCAAGACCGUUGCCAAUCCUCCCAGGAGUGGACGUCACAGCAAAAUUAUCCCAAGGUCAGACCGUGCAAUGCUCAGGGAAAUUGCAAAAAACCCAAGAGUUAUCUCAGACUCCGCAGGUCUCAGUUAGCAUGUUAAACUUCAUGAUAGUACAAUUAGAAAAACAGUGAACAAGUGUGGUUUGUGUGGAUGGGUUGCCAAGAGAAAGCAUCUUGUCUCUAAAAAGAACAUGGUAACACUGCUUAGGUUUGCUAAGUUGCAUCUGAACAAACCACACAACUUCUGGAACAAGGUCCUUUGGACAGACGAGACCAAAGUGGAGAUGUUUGGCCAUAACGCACAUCACCACAUUUUGCUAAAACUAAACCCCCGCACAGCACAUAUACCUCGCUUAUUUUGUAGCCACAGGACCUGGGAAUCUUGCAGUCAUUGAGUCAACCUAAAACUCCUCUGCAUACCAAAGUAUUCUAGAGUCAAAUGUUAUCCCUCUGUCCGACAGCUAAAUUGACUAAUAUUGCUGCUAAAUGUGGUUUUACAAGCUAUUGAAUCAUAAGGUGUACUUAGUUUUUCACACAUGGCUUCUCCAUGUUGGCUUUAUUUUUGUUGAAUAAAUCACGACACGGUGUGAUAUUUCAUGUGUUGUUGUUCAUCUAAGGUUGUAUUUACCUAAUUUUAAGACCUGCUAAGGAACAGAUGAUUAUGUCCUUAUAUGUAAAACCAUAGAAUCCAAAGAAGGUCCUUUCAUUUUCCUAUGUCUGUUUAUUCUAUCUUGUAUAGGAAUGAUUUGAGUCUGCUUAAUGUUAAUUUAUUAAAAUGUUAUUGUCCCUGCAAUAGCACAUAUCCAUAUAUGUAUUAAGAGGGACCAGUUAUGAUAUACCAUGAAGUAUCUGACAUUGUCUUUUGUGCCAUAUUUACCUCAUAUAUAAUGCAUUUUUUUACACAUCUAAAGCCAUAUUGCAAAAUAAAUUAAAGAAUGAGUAUGUAUAUCACAUAUUACACGGAAACGAGCAUUAAAUAACGUUUGGGGAGAAGAGUUUUGCUGAUUAAAAUGUGUUAUGGCAUGUUUCUGUAGAAGCACGGUUGACAGGUAGUGAUGUCCCGAACGGUUCUCCGCGGACUCAUCAUUAAGUAAACUUUGACCCUGUACGUCACAGUCAGCAGACACAUUCCAGCCAAUCAGCAGCAGACUCUCCCUCCCAGACCUUCCCACCUCCUGGACAGCUCACUAAGAAUGCAGCUUCCCAAUGAAUGUAAAAUGGAUGCUGUCCAGGAGGUGGGAGGGUCUGUGAAGGAGGGUCUGCUGCUGAUUGGCUGGAAUGUGUCUGCUGACUGUGAGGUACAGGGUCAAAGUUUACUAAAUGAUGAGUCCGCGGCGAACCGUUCGCGAACCGUUCGGGACAUCACUAUUGACAGGGUUAUAAGUUAGAAGGACAUAUUCAAGGAUAUUUCACUUAAAGUUGCUACUGCUCAGAUUUUGUAAAAACAAACCUAUGUUAAUUGUGUUUAUAUAUUGUGUUCUCCCUGCAGCUCUUCCCCCUUCUUCUACAAAAGCUAAGGCAGAUCAUGUCUGAAUAUUCUCCUGAACAUGCAGUUUCUGGUGUUACUGACCCCUUCCUCCAGGUAACCAAUCCAUGUCCUUGUAAGUCUAGGCAGUAGCUGUCCCUUGUCCUCACAAUGUUCUUAUUUGACUUAAAAUAGUUACUUUUACCUUUUUCUUUCCUCGUCAUUGCACAAGUUUUAUAAAGCCCAAUAAAAAUGUCAAAACGUGUUAUACAGGCUUGAAGUACAGCUGCGGAUAGAUACUUACAUUUAUAUAACUAGGUCUAAUAAAGUACAGGAAGGAUUUGACAUAUAUAUUUUUUAAGGUUUUGUUUAAGGUGAUGUCGGAUCAUACAUACAAUGAUCCAAUUAAAAAAAAACAAAAAAACAAUACAUGUAGAAACAAAGAAAAAGUUGGAAGAAACAUGAAGGGAAGAAUAAGCAAGGGACCUCAGGGGCGGGUAUUAAAAUAUUAUUUAAUCAAUGUAUGACUCCACUGCUUCAUAAAAGUAUUGUAAGGUUUGAGAGGCAAGAAAGUAUUUUCACAGGAAGUUUGUUAGGCAUACGAAGUAGCCCCGAGCAGAACUGGUAGAGGGCAGAAUCAAUUUGAGAUUGCUGGCAAUGUUCAACAAACUGUUCUGAUAAUUGUACAAAUACCACAAGAUAGUUAUGUGACGCUAUCAGGUGUGUGGGGCAAGAUAAAUUACAUUUUUAUUUUUUUACAAGUAGUUUAUUUAGGUCUCCAUAUAUUGUGACCAAGCUGUAGGAGGAACCAUAUAUUUAGAACUAAAUAAUCACAUAGACCAUAGUUGUAGUGAUUUUUUUUUAUUUUGCAACUACCAAUUUGAACCUCUUCAUGACCAAUGACCUGUCAGGCCAGUCAGUCACAAAAAGUCCAUCUAUUCAAUUCCAUGUCAUUUGUUUGUACCUGAUCAUUUUUUUUUUUAAUCUCACUUUAACACUAUUGAGCUCCAGUUUUCGUACACUUCUAUACUGCUUUUUAUUCAGUUUCUGGCACAAUCUAAUUAAUGUACAUGUUGUCUGUUUGACCCUUGUGCUGUCCCCCUAUCGCCCCAUACUUUGUUUUUCUUAUCCCCUCUUUUCCUGUUUUUCUCAGGUGCGCCUCUUGCGGUUGAUGAGAAUCCUAGGACAGAAUGAUGAGAGUAUCUGCGAUGCUAUGGGUGACCUGCUGGCCCAGGUGAAACAAGAGUGAGAGCAUGAUUGGAGAGAGUGCUAUUGAGGUCAUGUAUUGUGUACAGUAUAGGGGAAUUAGGCAACUAUUUGUGCAUUAAAAUUAUGUUUUUGUCUCUCAGGUCUCCACCUGCACUGAAACACAGUCUAAUGCUGGGAAUGCUGUAUUGUAUGAGACCGUUUUGACUAUUGUGGACACCAAAUCUGCAAGUGGUCUGCGUGUGAGUACAAAGGAGCUGAGGACUAGAAAGCGAGAGGACAUUCACUAGCUUAGUCACUGUCAUUAAACCAUUUUAUACUGACUCGUGAUGUUUAAUCUCUCUCAUAGGAGAUUACAUACAUUAAACUUCGACUAGAGCAUAUUCUUCAAAUCAGUAUUGCGUUGCUAAUUAUCAUUGAUCAUCCCACUGGAUAUUUUCACUCCAAACAAAACACAUUCCUAAUUCAUGUCUGGGUAGAUAAAUCUCACACAUGUCCAGGCCUGAAAUAUCUAUCUUGCAUUAAAAAAUUAAUCAAAAUGUCCAAGCUCUUGGUAAUACUUAAUUACUUCACUAUAAGUGAGCACUCUACAAACCUGUUGACAGAGCCAAGUAUGCAUAUGUGUAAAUGUCAUUAGACUUGCCUAUGUUUCCUUUGAGUGAUUUCAGAAAGCCCCUGUAUGUUAGAGAAUGUGCAACAAGAGUAAGCGAUAGAAAGUGAAUUUAAAAAAAUACAUAAGGGGAAUGUUUAAAUAAUGUUAAAACAUUCACAGUGUCUUUUAAGCAUUGACCCAAAUGAGUUAAAUUUUCUAUCUCUGUAAUAAUGCACACCUAGCAUUUUCUGAUCAACAACUUUCUUUUUGUUCAUCUCCCAGGUACUUGCUGUUAACAUCCUUGGACGGUUUCUCUUAAGUAACGAUAAAAACAUCAGGUAAAAACACUUUAAACCUGUAAUUUUCCAUUCAUGUAUUUUCCAAUUUGCUGUAAAAGUUGUAUGAGUUCAUCUCAUUUGUAGGACUCAGACAGUUGUCUCUGUCUCCUAGAUACGUUGCGCUCACGUCUCUCCAGCGAUUGGUCCAGACAGACAAUGCAGCAGUGCAGAGACAUCGAGCAACCAUUGUGGAAUGUCUCAGACAGACUGACACAUCUGUGAACAGGUGAAGAUACCCAGCUGUUAUGUAUUUUGCUAGCUUGAUUGAACUGUGCCAAUGACCACUGUGCUAUGCAUGCUCCAUAGGUUUUCUAGGAUGGAAACUUUACUACAGGUUUCUUUGCUUCUCUUAGGAAGGCGCUUGAGUUAUGCUUCGCACUAGUGAAUGAAGCCAACAUCCGUGUUAUGAUGAAGGAACUCCAAAGGUUUCUGCAGACAUGUCAGCCAGAGCUGAGAGAACAAUGUGCCUCUGGAAUAUUCCUGAGUGCUGAGAGGUGAGGACUAGUAGAUUUGUCUGAGCACAGAUACAUGGGACUUGUAAUGCAAUGUUUACAUUUUUCCUUGUGUCUCGCCAUCACAAGAUAACUUUAUUUGUUACGACAAAAAACACAACAGAAGAUGUUCAAGAGAAUACUGGGUAUUCUUGUAGUUGGUUGAGCCCUGAAUGGUUUUAAAAUAUUAAUUAACACGUUGAAAAUUUUAAAUGAAUCCUAAAAGGUGUCACAAUUGAACCGGUUACAGUCCUUUUCAGUGGUUGCGCAAUGUUCUUCUGCGUCCAGUGGACCACAGUAGAGCUGAAACUUUCCAACUGCACAGCGUACUGCAAUUCCUAUGUGUUUUUGAGAUGCUUUGAAAUACUACCUAGCUUUCUACAUUAUUUUUCAUGUUUGUUGUACCCAUUUAGUAGCAAUAAGUUUCCAUAAAUACAGGGUUAACAUUUCUGUGUGCGGGGACACAAGUUGAAGAUUAGACAUUGAACUACGAUAUCUGUACACAGGGUAAGGCUCUGAGAAUGCAGUGACAUGGAGGUAAGAGGCCACUGAACAGUAAAGCAGACUUAAAAUGUGAGUGAGCAGUGAGGCAGGGUUAAGAUGUUGGUACUGAAGCACACUUAAGUGGACACUCCAUGCACCAAUACAACUUUAAUAGGAUUUGGCCUGAUUAAUAUUGUAGGGAUAAUUGUAAGACAAAAUAAUAUAUCAAUCACAUUUUUUAAUGACUUUAUGUGAAAACAAUGUAUUCCUGAGGGUAAUCGCACAGUGUCCGCCAUGAUGUGAGGUACAACAAUGUAGUGCUGGUGCUUUGUUUGCAGAGUACAAUAAUGACCAGCAAAAGCUCUUGGUGUACAAUGAUAAAGUGAUUAACACACUGUGUAUACAAUGAUGUUAAGUAAACAAUUUGUGAGCAAAAGUACAGUGUGCAAUGCUAGGGAGUUAAAUCACUUGGGUGUACAAUGAUGGUGAGUUACAGUAUUAGGUGUACAGUAACCGUGAGCAAUAGCAAUGUUGGUGAGUUACUACACUGUGAGUACAAUUACUAUGAAUGAAAGCACUGGAUGUACUAUGAUGUUAAGUUAAAGCACUGGAUGUACAAUGAUAGUAAGUUAAAGCACUGGAUUUACAAUGAUAUUAAGUUAAAGCACUGGACGUACAAUGAUAGUGAGUUAAAGCACUGGAUGUACAAUAACCAUGAGUUAAAGCACUUGAUGUUCAAUAAUAGUAAGUUAAAGCACUGGAUUUACAAUGAUAGUAAGUUAAAGCACUGGAUUUACAAUGAUAGUAAGUUAAAGCACUGGAUUUACAAUGAUAGUAAGUUAAAGCACUGGACGUACAAUGAUAGUGAGUUAAAGCACUGGAUGUACAAUAACCAUGAGUUAAAGCACUUGAUGUUCAAUAAUAGUAAGUUAAAGCACUGGAUUUACAAUGAUAGUAAGUUAAAGCACUGGAUGUACAAUAACCAUGAGUUAAAGCACUUGAUGUUCAAUAAUAGUAAGUUAAAGCACUUGAUGUUCAAUAAUAGUAAGUUAAAGCACUGGAUUUACAAUGAUAGUAAGUUAAAGCACUGGAUGUACAAUAAUAGUAAGUUAAAGCACUGGAUGUACACUGGAUGUACAAUGAUAGUAAGUUAAAGCACUGGAUUUACAAUGAUAGUAAGUUAAAGCACUGGAUUUACAAUGAUAGUAAGUUAAAGCACUGGAUUUACAAUGAUAGUAAGUUAAAGCACUGGAUUUACAAUGAUAGUAAGUUAAAGCACUGGAUUUACAAUGAUAGUAAGUUAAAGCACUGGAUUUACAAUGAUAGUGAGUAAAAGCACUGGAUGUACAAUAAUAGUAAGUUAAAGCACUGGAUUUCCGACAAUGAGUAAAAGCACUGGAUGUACAAUGAUAGUAAAUAAAAAUACUGAAUAGUAGUGAGUAAAAUCAAUGGUUAGACAAAGAUAAUGAGUAAACGCCCUGGGGGUCCAAUGAGCAUGACCAAAAGCACUAGUUGCAUGAUAAUGGUGAGUAAUGGCACUGACUGUAUAAUGGUAGCAAGGUAAUACUUCUGAUAGACUAACAGUAAUGCUGUUUAAGAGCACUGCGUGUGCAGUGAUGCACAGUGUUUGCAAUCAGGGGCGUACAAUAAUGUGAUGUCUCUCCACCCUCUUUUAGGUUCUCCCCCUCCAAACGUUGGCACAUAGAUACUAUAAUGGAGACACUGAUCACAGUGAGUACUUCACGUUGUGUUAUUGGCUGUGAAAUCACAGUGACACCUAGUGUUUGCUAUAUGUAAUGCAGCUCAUUCUAAAUGGCUGCAUGUGGGAGAGAUAAAAGCACAAGCUACAUGAAGCUUGAUGUGACCGACAAUGGCUGCAUUGUACAUAGACAGCCAACUGCAUAGUAACAUGACCAUAUUUGUAAAUUAAACAUUAGUUCUUAUGAACACACAGAUGUGAUUAAGAAAAAUAGAAAGAGCAAGCUAAAAAAAAAAGAGAGAUUUUUUUUAAAACAAACAAAAAAUGUUAAUGUAAUGAUUUCUAAUCUGUGCACCAGGUGUAUUUUUUUUUUUUUUUUUUUUUAAAUGUGCAGGUUAGUGCUAAAAAAUAACCUUUACUGGUAUGUGUUGCAGUAGAUGUUCUCUUCAAGCUUCCCUUGCAGCUGAUCAGAGAGAAACUUGCACUCAACGCAUACUGUUCCAUUAUUGGUGCAAUGUGCAAUGUGCAAGCUGCUAGCAGAUCACGUGAAAUCUGGCAAUUUAUACACAGAAUAGUGGCAAUACCUGCUAAUGCAUGUCAGUUUACUGAAGGAACCCACUAAUAUAUACAUACUCAACAGCAAUGUGACAUGUUCUGCAUCCUUUCUAAAACUAACAUUUUACUUCAUGUAUUUUGGGUGUAAUAAUAUGUGUGCCUUCCACUUGUGUGGGGCACGCUGUCUGGUAUAGUUUUGAUGCAAACAUUUAGGCAUAUAGACUCCCUAAAUACUAAAUAAAUAUUAGUUUUUUAACACCUUCCAAUACUAUGGUAAUCCAACAUCAAAGGUUAAGCUCUGAUUUGGUUUCUAAUUAUUAAGUAUUUAGAUUUGCAAGUACUUGAGCCAUGUAAAUAACAUGCCGUUUAGGAGGUUGAUUUUCUUGCAUGCAUUAUAUGUGCCAAAACCAUAUUGUGAAAUGUUGCAUUUUUAUUUUAUUUUUUUAUUAGCCUUAAAACUGAUCAUUGUGAAGAUUCAUGACCCUGCUUUCCCUGAUUAAUUAUGGUUUCACUCUAUUAUCUUCUUUUUUUUGUCAGGCUGGGGAGAGCGUUCGUGAUGAUGCUGUAUCACACCUAAUUCACCUGAUCAGAGGAGCCUCUGAGCUGCAUGCAUACAUCGUGCAAAAGCUUUACAAAGCUGUGAGGGAAGACAUUGGGCAGGUGAGAUCCCCGAGCUGAGAGGCACACAAAGACUAAAUGACAGCGGGGAGAGAAAAGAAGGAGGUGCGGAAAGAAAUCUGGGGGAGUGAUACAGAGAUAUGGAAGCUGAGCUUAGGAGAACACUGGAUAGGGAAAGCAAGGCGAAGUAGGGAGAAUCCUUAGCGGGAGAUCUGAUCUAGAAUUAUGGUGUUGCCAUGUGUUUUGAGUGACAAGCUCAUUAACGUAAUGUGUCAGGGUCACAAUCAGGGUCAGCAGUCUCAUCCAGUCUUAUUUGCACUUUGCAGCAGCCAUUGGUUCAAGUGGCCUCCUGGUGCAUUGGGGAAUAUGGUGAAUUACUGCUGCUUGGAUCCUGUGAGGAGGAAGAGCCUUUACAGGUAAGAUGUGGUUCAAAGCAUAAAAUAUACCAUUACAGCACAAUUACAGUAUGCACAAUCUUUUAUCAUGCCAUUGUUAAUAAGCAGAAGGGAUCAAAGAUCUGCAGGUCUGCAUAUAAAUUACAGUGACAAUACCAUUGAGUGCUUGAUGUUGCCAGGUAACGGAAGAUGAGGUUCUAGAUGUCCUGGAAGGAAUACUACAGUCUCACAUCUCCACACCAAGCACACGGGCCUACACGCUGACGGCCAUCAUGAAACUGAGCACCCGCUUCAAACAAAAUGUGGAGUAAGCAGCCAGUCUUGUUUUCCCUUGUGUAUUAAACAGAGUAUGGUGUAGAACUUAUUUUUGGAAGGUUGUUUCAUAAUACACAUGGUUAAUUACUCAAGUGUGAAUCUAAAAGUUUAGGCCACAAUAACUAAAAUGGGAAAAAUUAUCCAACUCAACUAUGUUUUCAGUUCAGCUAUUUUGACAUUAAAAUGUAAAUAAGUGACUAGGUGCACAAAGUAGUUUGCUGUCAACAAACUAAAAAAUGGUCUUCUGAAUAAGACAUUCCUGUGGAUUCUAGUCCUUACAAUAUAGUUCAGUGCGCACAGCCUGCGGUCCUAGGCGAUCUACUGUCUCUGCUUUUUAUCCCUGAACUUACCAUUCAUUGUUCUAGUGAAUCUCAUUCAUCCUCCUACACUGGAAAAAAUGUAACCUUCUGUACAAGCCACAUCAGACAACAACUGUAGGAGCAUUGUUUUAGCUGUGAGCGUAUAAUGGGUCAUUAUUCCGCUUAAUCUUGAUUAAAUGGUCAUUAUUCUAGAUGAGGUUCACUCAUAGAACCUUGUAAAUUAUAGCAAUAACAAAAACUGUUUUUUAUUUGUUACAGUUUAGUAGUUUACAUAUGAAACUAGUGUCAGAAUCUUGAACCAACAAAAAGUUAUUUCACACCAAUCCGUAUGAGACGGCUGAAUCCAAGCCCAACUGGGAGAGCAACAGAAUAGUUUUAAAUGUAGUUUUCUGAUGCUUUAUGUGUUGCCAUUUGUAUUGCAUUGUGUAUUUGUUCUCAUCAUUCCCUUCUUUCUCUCAGCCGUAUACGCCGUGUGGUUUCUAUAUACGGCAGCUGUCAUGACGUGGAGUUACAGCAGAGAGCAGUGGAGUACAAUGCUCUGUUCAAGAAAUACGACCACAUGAGGUAUGCAUCUGGAGAUAAUAAUUGUGCAGUGCUGUGUAAUAUGUUAGAGAUGCGAACAUUAAUAAGAAUGAUAAUUGGGGAAAUGGAAGCUCCAUUAUAUUAUGUAAAAAUAGGUGACAUAUAGAUGAAGUAUGAUGGGCUGUAGAUUAAGGUUGACUAGACAUCCCUUUUAAUUCUGAAAACUGAUGGGAAGUGCAUACAGUGGGCCAGGAUUAGAAUAAUUGCUUCCAUGAAGCAUGACUAUUAAACCAUAGUUAAAUGGAACUGUCAUAUCCUACAACUCUGAAUAUUAUGUUUACUUAUCUAGUCUAUAGAUCUCCCAUAAUAUGUAUUUGAGGUGUGAAAAAUAAAACAAAAUUUAGAAUUCCAAGCCUUUUUAUCUGCAGUUGGCGCCCUGUCAGUCAUUAUUAUAAGCUUUGUUCUUGGUACCUGGCAUUCAGCACACAGAGAGGAGAAAUAGAAACGGUGCUUCAGUUUCUCCUCCUCCAAUGCAUGUAUGCUCUGGCUGUGCCUGGACUGAACUAAAUUGUGACGUCAAUUGCUAAAUCAUUAAAGGAACACACCAGGCACCAUAACAACCCCAUCGAAAUUAAGUUAUUUUGCUGCAACAAGAUCUUUGGGCACCAGCAUACUGCAAAGGGGUUAAACUGUUAAUGAACGGUUUACCAGAAAAAUAGGGAUAAAGUCACAACAGACACUACUCACAAAUUCAAGCCGCGAUCAAUAGAUAAGGUGUUCACUGCUGAGUAUCUGAUUGCGCGUAGUUCAGAUAUCUUAAAUCUGCAUCCGUGGUUGCAGGUAGUGUACCAAACUUAUAUGCUGAACUCAUGAGAACACACGGAUCUGAAGCCUCCAGUUUGAUACAAAAUGAAUCUCAAAUAGAAAAACCACACAUAUGCAAACCAUCCUGACCUCUUAGACCAAUCAAUGGCUUCCAGUUCAAGGCUUCCUGAUUCAAAUUACGGACUGCAAAGGAAGUAGCUGGGCGCCAGAUUCAAGAUUUUGGGGUUAAACCAUUUAUUAAUGGGGUUUUUUAACCUCUUGAAGUAAGCCUGCACCUGGAGAUCUUGUCAAAUCAUAACAACUUCAUUCCGAUUAAGUGUUUAUGGUGCCAAGAGUGUCCCUUUAAUAUCAUUUUAAAUGAAAAUGAUAAACGUUAACACAAAUAAUAGGUGAUUUCAGAUGUUUUAGUCAAUCAUGUAAUAGAUUGCUUUUAAACAGGAGGGGCUUUAUUUUAGAGAGGUGGUAAAUGGGAUAUAUGUUUGGAAAUCAUCACAAUGGAGUUUUCGAGCCUCCAAUUGGGUAGCUACAUUUAGACUCCGUCUUUGUCUGUGAUUGUAAAUGCAUGUGCUCUGCCCACCCCCACCCUGCUGAAUCUCGGCUGCCCAAAAUAAUUAUCCUUUGUGACCUCCCUGGAAAAUACGGCUGCCAGCAGCCCAGGGGGUCCUAGGAUUUCACAUGGGACAAAAUUAUCCUUCGCACAAUUAACCAGGAUAAUUAGCAAGCAGCAUCAUUGAUGUAAAUUCACCCAUCAGUCAGCAGCAUUAAAAAAAAAAAAAGACAGGGGAGAAGCUACAUACUUAAAUCUCUUACUUCACCAUGUGCUGGAUGUGUGAUAUUAUGUGAUGCAUAAUGUGAUAGGUCAGUUGAAAAUAAUAAUUACAUCUCCCUUUGCUAGCCUUUAAUAGAUUGAAAAACAUCAAUAUGAAGAUGCUUGGGAACUUUGAAAAUAAGUUCACCCUAAGGCCCUUUUUAAUUCUUAGAGCAGUCUGUCAAACAGAACUGCCAAGACCAGUAACUGCUAUCACAAACCCAAAGAGUCUGAUAACCACAUUGUAGUCAUUCAAUGGCAGUGCUUUUGAUGCACACCUUAUUGAGUACAUCACUAUCUGCAGUGUAUCACUCUUCCUGUACAUUUCUACCCACACCCGAUUACUGUAUCACAGACACAAUACAUAUACACUCAUUGGGAUUCCAUUAGAUAAAAUACUUCUUAUAUCCAUGUAUUAAACAAAAUUGCUUUUAACUUACAUCUUUGAGAAAUCAAAAUAGUUGUAAUACACCUAGAGACGUACAGCUCAAAGCAAAGCUAAUAAAUUAUAUACAGUGACAGCAGCACUCCUGCAGCAACGAGAACAUUUGUGUUUUGUUUAAAAAAAAAAGUCUAUCGUUUGUUUUUUUUUUGUUUUUUAACAAAACACAUACAUCCUUUAUUGCUGCCAGUAAACAUACAAGGAUUUGUAUACUAAAUCAAAGUCUGCAUUUGCCAGUGUAGACCGCUGGAACAUCUUCUCUAUCAGUCCACUCCUCUCUUUUAAUAGCUGUUCUAUUUUGCUUUCUAUAUAAGCGUUCACUGUCCAAUAAAGCUCCCUCCCCCCCCUUCUUCAUGUCAGUUCACCCAUGCUCCCUCCCUCUCUCAGUUCCCAUUUAUUGGGCUAAUUUCUAGCUAUUCUUUCUAUGUUAGUCCUCUCUAUUCACCUUCCAUGCUAGUCCUUCACCUUCAGUCUCCUCUGCCGUCACUCCGAAUCAUUACAUCUCUAUUACUUCCCACUGCUUCAUAUUAAAUACUUUCAAUCAACAUCUACCAUCCCCAUUCUCUCUGCACUGCCUUCCCAGUACACAUUCCUUCCCCAUUGGUGUUCUCCCUAUCUUCCUGCAAGUAUUUCUUGCCCAGCUGAUUAGUAGUAUAUAGCAUAGUGUGCUUUUAACAUUAAACAUUUACUCUGACCUCCAAAACACAUGACAAACUUAUAGAGAAUAUGUUACGUGUCUCCUCAAAAAAAGUUCAAAUGGUGUCGAGAGCACAAUAAGUACUCUUACAUUUUUUACUUCUGUGCUUUUUGAUAAUAUGGAUCAUUCACCAUGCUGGCAAUAUUCUUCCAAAUUGCAAAAUUCAGAGACAAUUCUCAGGUUUCCUCGAAUGUGCAAGACUAAGCUCACAUACAUCAGUUCAGAUCAGUGUGAUUCCGCAUGUAGUUUUUUAUUUGGUUUUACAUAGAAACAUAGAAUGUGACGGCAGAUAAGAACCAUUCGGCCCAUCUAGUCUGCCCAAUUUUCUAAAUACUUUCAUUAGUCCCUAGUCUUAUCUUAUAGUUAGGAUAGCCUUAUGCCUAUCCCACGCAUGCUUAAACUCCUUUACUGUGUUAACCUCUACCACUUCAGCUGGAAGGCUAUUCCAUGCAUCCACUACCCUCUCAGUAAAGUAAUACUUCCUGAUAUUAUUUUUAAACCUUUGUCCCUCUAAUUUAAGACUAUGUCCUCUUGUUGUGGUAGUUUUUCUUCUUUUAAAUAUAGUCUCCUCCUUUACUGUGUUGAUUCCCUUUAUAUAUUUAAAUGUUUCUAUCAUAUCCCCCCUGUCUCGUCUUUCCUCCAAGCUAUACAUGUUAAGAUCCUUUAACCUUUCCUGGUAAGUUUUAUCCCGCAAUCCAUGAACCAGUUUAGUAGCCCUUCUCUGAACCCUCUCUAAGGUAUCAAUAUCCUUCUGAAGAUACGGUCUCCAGUACUGUGUACAAUACUCCAAGUGAGGUCUCACCAGUGUUCUGUACAAUGGCAUGAGCACUUCCCUCUUUCUACUGCUAAUACCUCUCCCUAUACAACCAAGCAUUCUGCUAGCAUUUCCUGCUGCUCUAUUACAUUGUCUGGCUACCUUUAAGUCAUCAGAAAUAAUCACCCCUAAAUCCCUUUCCUCAGAUGUUGAGGUUAGGACUCUAUCAAAUAUUCUGUACUCUGCCCUUGGGUUUUUACGUCCAAGAUGCAUUAUCUUGCACUUAUCCACAUUAAAUGUCAGUUGCCACGACUCUGACCAUUUUGCUAGUUUACCAUAAUCAUUUGACAUUUGGCUUAUCCCUCCUGGAACAUCAACCCUGUUACAUAUCUUAGUAUAAUCAGCAAAAAGACAUACCUUACCAUCAAGACCUUCUGCAAUAUUAAAGAGAAUGGGUCCAAGUACAGAUCCCUGAGGUACCCCACUGGUGACAAGUCCAAGCUUUGAAUAUUCUACAUUGACUACAACCCUCUGUUGUCUGUCACUCAGCCACUGCCUUACCCAUUCAACAAUAUUGGAAUCCAAACUUAAAGAUUGCAGUUUAUUGAUAAGCCUUCUAUGUGCAACAGUGUCAAAAGCCGUACUGAAAUCUAGGUAAGCAAUGUCUACUGCACCACCCUGAUCUAUUAUUUUAGUUACCCAAUCAAAAAAAUCAAUAAGAUUAGUUUGGCAUGAUCUCCCUGAAGUAAACCCAUGUUGUCUCUGAUCUUGAAAUCCAUGUGUUUUUAGAUGUUCAUCAAUCCUAUCCCAACCCUCAUACCUCAGAGAAAAUUGACAAAUGCUUCCAUUAGGAUUUGAAGGGUCUGUGUCUCUUUUAACGUUUCCUGUCUUUAUUACUUAUUCAGGGCAGCCAUCUUGGAGAAGAUGCCAGUGGAAGAGAAAUCUGCAGCAGGAGAUAUUCUGGGUGAGGAAAGACGAACACCUGUAGAGAGCUUACCCCAAAGUCAACCCUCCUCAGUGCAGACAUUAAGCCAGGUGAGAGGAUAUGGAAGUUAGAGAGUGAGUGGGUUUUAUAAGUGAGGUGCUGACCGUAUUAACUUGCAGGUCACAGAUCUCUUGGGGCUGCUUGAAGAGAGCCCUGUGAAUGUAAUUACACCAGUUCCUGCUGCUGACCUGAAUGUUACCCAGAAUCUUCCUAAUGGUGGCAGCCUCUUGGACCUGUUGGAUGAAACCCCAGUUCCAGGUAUGAAGAGAAUUUCUAUCUGCACAACAUAUCCAAUAAUAGAACUCAUACAUAUUACUGCAGGGGUAUAAGAAAUCAGGGGUCAGAGGUCAGCAUCAGUUGUUUUAGCAGAAACGUGUAGAGGGAUGGAGCUACACUGAAGUCAUUAUUUUCUUAAUAAAGCAAUAACAAACCCUGUAGUACUUUACAAUGGGUUCCUAGUUGAGAACCUGUAUUAUUACAUGCCUGCCAAGCACACAUCAGUUGUCAGCAACAGCACACAGCAGACUCAGAAAUGCCCCUGUGAACAUUUCUAGGCCAGACAAAUUACUCUUCUUGAACCCUAAUUCAGCAUCACACUUUUCCACAAUUUAUAUAGAGCAGUAACAUAUUCCCUAAAAAUUGGUUUAUUGGUUUGUAUUGCUCUGCAGUUGAAAUCGGAAAAUAAUCAGCUUUGUGUUGUUAUUAUUCAUAGACUUGGCAACAAUAAAGCAACACGAUUUUGACACAAGGGUUCAUAGUUCCGGAAUACCAUAUUACAUACUUGGAUACUCACAUAUUCACUCUGUCUUGCAGCAUUACCUCCCUUGGUUGUGUAUAAUAAUCAUGGGCUUAAUGUAGAGUUCUCUUUUCUACGUCCGCCCACUAAUCCUGCACUUCUAGUCAUCACUUCCUGCGCCACUAAUUCUUCUGACAGUGACAUGACUGACUUCCAGAUGCAGGCUGCUGUACCCAAGGUCAGUAUAAUUGGUAUAUUACCUAAUCCGAGACACUGGUGAACCUAAAUUCUUUAAGCUUUUUAGUUUCUAUCCUUAAAAAUGGUGCUACCCCUACCUAUUAUUGGUGAUACAGCUGUGGGAGCAGUGGCAGGUGAUGUGUGUUGCAGCUGCCUGUCACUGAUAUCCGCACAAUAUUCACCAUGGAACCUUAGCCAGAUCUGGAUGUGAUGUGAUACUACUUUAACAUACUUUACGCGGCCACCUGACUCGUGGCUGGUCUGCAAGCAACAAACCACUACUUUAUUUCACUGAACUUCACUUAUGAAAGCAGUGGAUUGGGGAGCGUGUCUUCAAUACAUGGUGUUGACGAUUUAGUGGCACCGUGUUUGACACAACAGGGGGGGAACUGGGCAUAAGGUUAUCUAGUGGGUGAUGCAGGUGUGCUUUUGCAAGUGAAUGGAAACUAGAAGAAAACGUAUUUCUCUAGUUCUCAUUCAUUUUGCCAGUUAAUGAGAUGCCACUUUUGGGCAUGCUUGCAUGUGUUUUCCACAAACCUCUUCUGUGCAUAGAUUUGAGUGACAUGCACAGUUCUCCCAAAUUGCAGUUAUUUGAAAUCCAGAUGACAACAUUGAGGCUAAAAUAUGUGAGCUGACUAGCUGAGUUGGAGAAUAUGUACAGAAUAUGUCUCCUCCCUGAUGCGCAUGAUUGGGUUUUAUGUGUGUAUGGAUCUAGAUAUAUCCUUUGCGACGUGAAUCUGUUUUCUUUUUUACAGAGUGUUCAGCUCCAGCUUCAGGCUCCCAGUGGUUCCAUCGUCAAAGCAUCUGGUAUAGGAGCUGUCACACAGUGUAUCCGGGUCCUAAAUCCUCAAAAAGUAUGCCCUGAUUAAAUGGCAGGAAGAUGAAAUCACAUGCUGAAUGACUUUUCUUUCAUUCAUUUUCUUCAUUUUUUGUUUCCUCUUUCCUCAGGUCCCACUAAAGAUGCGUCUUCGUUUUUCUUUCUCGCAAAGCGGGAAUUCUGCUCAGGAAAUUUGUGAAAUUGGCAAUUUCCCUGUAGGAACCUGGCAAUGAUCUAACCGCAUACUGGAUAAAACUUGGCUGUAACAUGAAGAGAAAGAGUUGCUCCUAUAUGACAAGGAAAUUAACUCUGUGCAAGAAGGGAGAAAAGCAGGGAUUUAAAACAUUGUGUGAGCAGUGAUAUAUUAUUUUUUGUACAAUAUCAAAUCCACAGACUGGAUCACAUUGCCAGCACUAGUGCAGGUGAAAUGAAAGUCACACUCCCAAGUACGUUAUGGGGAUUCAACAUGGCAACAUAAGGGCAGUGUUUUUGAGAAGUCUCAUUGCAGAUGUGGUCAGACUCUGGUUGUGUUAUUUGUUUGUUCAGUGGCUGAAGCAAUCUGUAAUAAAAAAAAUCUUUUCAUAAUGACUUUAUGUUUCUUUCAGGCGAGUGAAGUUAAUGCAAACACACAUAAAUCAAC